UGUUUUCUUAAAAUGGCAGAGAUGGAUUUAAAAACAGUCGCGUCGACGAUGGAAGCUUUGGUUCGCAUCAGUUCUAACAUGAGGAGCCUGGAGCACGAGCUGCACUGCUCCGUGUGUAAGAGCAUCGUCAAGCAGCCCGUGGUCCUGCCAUGCCAGCACAGCGUCUGCCUCAUGUGUGCCUCCGAGGUCCUGGUGGCAAGUGGCUACCCGCCUCCAGAGCUUCCCCCAGAGCCCAACUCCCCGGCCUCCACACCCAACACCCGCUCGCCCCGCCAGGCACGCCGGCCUGCGCCUAAAGCUGAGCAGCGACCCAUCGACCGCGUGCUGCGAUCAGGUCCCCACCCGCCGUCGCCCUCCAUGCCUCGGUCUCCGGGAUACGGGACGCCUGGGGGGCGUCGCCGCAAGGAGGGCCCGGCCCUGGUGAUGAUGUUCCCCUGUGUCCCCUGCGGCCGGGACGUGGAGCUGGGAGAGAAGGGUCUCACCGACUGUCUGCGCAACCUCACUUUGGAGCGUAUAGUUGAGAGGUACCGACACACAGUGAGCCUGGGCAGCGUGGCCGUGAUGUGCCAGUUCUGUAAACCUCCUCAGGCUCUGGAGGCCACCAAGGGCUGCGCAGACUGCAGGUCCAAUUUCUGCAACGAGUGCUUCAAGCUGUAUCACCCAUGGGGGACGCCGCGGGCCCAGCACGAGCACAUCCAGCCCACACUCAACUUCAGACCAAAGGUUCUGACUUGUCCGGAGCACGACCAGGAGAAGCUGCACUUCUACUGUCGGACGUGUCAGCGGCUGCUCUGUCCUCUCUGCAAACUGCGCCGCGUCCACACCGGACACAAAGUGCUCCCCGUGGUCCAGGCCUACCAAGCCCUGAAGGAGAAGAUUACAAAAGAGAUGAACUACAUUCUGUCCAACCAGGACACAGUUCUGGCUCAGAUUACCCAGCUGGAGAGCGGCAUCACCCAGACCGAGGUAAACAGCGUGUCGGCCCGAGAGCAGCUGGCUCAGAGCAUCAGGGAUCUGACCGCCGCCCUGGCUGAGCGCCACGCUUCCCUCACCCAGGCUCUGGAGACGGCCCGGCAGAAACGAGGCGAGGCGCUGUCGGCUCAAGUGGCGGAGAGGCGGGGUCUGAUGGAACACGCCGGGCUCAUGGCGUUCACCCAGGAGCUCCUGAAGGAGUCGGACCAGCCCUGCUUUGUGCAGGCUGCUCGCCAGACUCAUAACAGGUUGAGCAAAGCUAUUGAGAAUCUCCAGCAUUUCAGCCUGGCUGCUGAUCCGUCAUUCAGACACUUCCAGCUGGACGUCUCCAAAGAACUCAAACUGCUGACGGAGCUGAACUUCAUCCAGGCGCCCGUGGCUCCAGUGAUUGACACCCAGCGCACCUUGGCCUACGACCAGCUCUUUCUGUGCUGGCGGCUGCCCCAAGACUCGGCGCCGGCCUGGCACUUCUCCGUGGAGUACCGGCGCCGGGGCGUGGUGCCGGGGGGGGCGUCCCGAGGCGGGAUCAGAGGAGGGCUGUCCGCCGCCCGCUGGGGCUGGCAGCGAAUGGACGAAGUGAGCGGGACCAGCGCCGUGAUCGACAGGCUGGAGAUGGACAGCGUGUACGUGCUGCGCGUGAGAGGCUGCAACAAGGCGGGAUACGGGGAGUACAGCGAGGAGGUUUACCUGCACACCCCCCCUGCUCCAGUGCUCAACUUCUAUCUGGAUUCCCGUUGGGGUCUCCAUGCCGACCGGCUGGUGGUCAGUAAAGAGCAGCGGGGGGCUCGGAGCGUCCCCGGCCUCUCUCUGCUGCAGGCCGCUGACCAAGCCCUCACUUCCUGUCACCUGACCUCGGACCUUCUGGUCGGGGAUGUGGCGAUCACGCAGGGGCGUCACUACUGGGCGUGCUCAGUGGAGCCGGGCUCUUACUUAGUGAAGGUGGGAGUUGGUUUGGAAUCCAAACUGCAGGAGUGGUUUCACCUCCCUCAAGACAUGGCCAGUCCACGCUACGACCCGGACAGUGGUCAUGACAGCGGAGCCGAGGACGCCUUGGACUCCGCCCCCCCCUUCUGCUUCCUCACCAUGGGGAUGGGUAAGAUCUACCUGCCCCAGCACAGCUACCACCACCACAACAACCACGGCAGCGGUAACCGAGACCCCAUCACCAACGGCAACAGCCCCUCUUCACCCACGGGCCUCACCUACCCGCUGCCCCCCCGGCUGGGCGUGUGCCUUGACUUUGAGAAGGGCCGCGUCACCUUCUACGACGCCCACUCCCUGCGCCCCCUGUGGGAGGGGCACGUGGACUGCUCCGGCCCGGUGUGUCCAGCGUUCUGUUUCAUUGGGGGAGGGGCCUUGCAGCUGCAGGAGCUGGUGGCCAAUCGCAGCGCAGAUCAGACGCCGGUCAGAAGGGUGACCAUCCAACCCCGCGUGCCCACCUUAAACAACAAUUGA